AUGACAACGCCUAAAAAGGACAAAUUCGUAGAUCCUCACUUUGAAUUUGAGGCACCUCAGUUUGUAGACUUUACUGCAACCUCUCAAAAUGAUGAUCGUUGGUUUGCUGGAAGAAAGGGACAUCCAUCAUGCCCAACAUCAUUUAGAAAAUCAAUGGAAACAUCAUUUGAUACAAAGAAUAAUAAUAAUAAUAAUAGAGUCAGUGUCAACAACGAGAAUCAAGAAAACAAUUCAUCACUUUCCAACUCCUCCUCAUCUUCAUCUAUUUUAAAACCAUUGUUUGGUACACCACAAAAGAUACCUUUAAAGUUGCACGAUAACAUUUUAAAGUCAUCUGCAACACCACCACCAAAACCACUCACUGUUAUCAACAACAAUAAUAAUAAGACACCAUUACAAGCAAAAUCACCUAUUCUAUAUCCAUCGUUGGUUUUAAAUACACCUGAUACUCCAUCGACCACCAGUAGUAGUGGUAGUGCCAACACUAGUUUCUCAACUCCACCACCACGUGUAAAGACUCCAUUACAACCAACAAGUAGCAGUAGUGCCGCCAUUAAAUCACAAUAUAAACCUUCUGUUCCCGAUACACCAGUUCUCUAUCCAUCCCUUCCCACUACUACCACUGGAAAGGUUACUAGAAGAGCUUCAAUGGCUGCUGGCAAGACAACAACAACAACAGAGUUACCAUCUACUACUUCCUUGGACAUUAAUGGUCAAGAUAAGGAGAACAAGAUAAAUAGUAAUCUUUUUGGAUCAGCUAUUUUAGUAACACCUUCUAGAAAGUCUUUGAAUGUACCUAUUCCAAAUCCAUUCCAAAUGGAUCAACUUGAAAAGAUGUCACAAAAGGCAAAGAGAUUAAGUACAAAGGUUCCAGUUGAUGACUCUUCUUCUUCUUCAACAACAACUACAACUGCUGAAACUACAACAACAACAAGUAAAAAAAAGAAAAAGACAGCUGCUGCAACUGCACCAACAACAAACAAAAAAUUGGCAACGGCAGGUACUAUUGUUGCCCCUGCAAAUGAUCCACCUAAAGAACCACCCAAAGCUCCAACUAUAUUGGGUGCUCCAAAUGAUGUUGUUGCAUCACUAGAAGCACAAAAAAAGAAAAAGAAAAAAAAGGUUGUAAAAAAGAAAAAGGAUACUACUGCUGCUGCGGUUGCAACUGUUGAGACUACUACUACUGUAGUAACUCCAACACCUCUUCCUUCAGUUGCUCAAGCCAAACCAACUCCAAUUUCUGUUGCAACUACCACUACUCCAACUACUACCACCACGUUGAGAACACCAGUCAAGACUCCAAUCCGAUCAUCUAUUUCUAGAUCAUCUUUGGUUGCAUCCGAGUCACCAGCUGCCAAUGGACUUUCAACAUCUCCAUUGGCCAGUCAUAUGGUAUGGAACACUCCAAAGAGUUCAAAGGUAUCUACUAUUUCCCAACAGCAACAGCAAACACCACCCAACAAUAACAAGGUUAUCUCUGCUUCAAUUCAUGUGACACCUUCCAUAUCAAAGGUCAUUUCCGUCACUCUUCCAUCUACUCCAACUCCUCCUCCACCAAGUACAAGUACUGUGAUUACCACACCACAAAGAUACUCUACUUCUACUGCUUCUACUACAGCAACUGCUGCUGCCUCUUCUAUACCAGUUGUUACACCACGUCGUAGAGCUACUUUUGCCGAGUUACCAAUAUUCUCUGUUCAAGAGUUUGUCCAACACCAACCUAUUUCCAACUCAUCGGUCUUGCCAACCGCUAGCUUUGUUCCAACAUCUGCCAUCAAAAAGAGAAAAGAUCCAGAACCAUCCAUCACCUCUUCAAGUUUUAAUUUCAAUUUUAAUGAUAUUGAUAAUAUUAAUAGCAGCGGUAGUAUCUUUGGUGUACAACCAUUGUCCAUGUCAACACUUUCAGCUCCACCACCUGCACCAGUCCAACCAGCUCCAACCCCAACUAUAUUCCCAUCAUUCAAUGUUGAUAACUUUUUACAAAAUGUUCAAAAGGUUCAACAAGGAAGAAGAAGUUCAUUUAUGGAAGUUAAGCCAGCUGUCGUAACACCAUUGGUCACUCCAACUACUACCAAUGGACUUGUCUUUCCAAAUGUACCUGUUACUCAACCAACAGCGGCAGCAGAGAUCUCACCUAAAUUCCCAGUCACCAUUGUCAUGAAUAUUCCAGAACAACAACAACCUCAAUCAAAUGUUGAGAAUGGUGGUGUAGAUACUACCACCACCUCGACUACCACCUCUACCCCAUCCACAGUGGUUGAAGCUCGUAAGCGUAGAAGAUUGACAAAGGUUGAACCAUUCAGUUUUGGAGUUGACAGAAGAGUUGGAAUUGUCACUGAUCCCAAACCAGUGUCCACUACAACAACAACCACCACUCCGAUUGUAUUCCCAUCCCUUUCCAAUAACAAUACCAAUACCUCAACUAGUACUGGUACUGCCAAGACACUCAAUACAACUUUGCCAAAAAAGACAACAACAACAACCAUCAAACCAGUUGUUACAAAGAUCAACACUAACAACAAGGUCAAGGAAACCAAUUUGAAAUUAGGAAAACAAGUUGUUGAUACCAACAAACCCAAGGUUGUUACCAAUCCUCCAACUAUUGUACAGAAUAAUUCUAUUUUCACCAACAACAUUGGCUCAACAACAACAACAACAAAUAGUACUAUUGUCAAACCAUCAUUGACAUCAACAGCAACUACAUCAUCACAUCUAUUGACAGUUCCACAUGAAUUCCGGUUCCAUACAACCGAUAGAUCACAAGUUAGAAAGGAUGAAGACUCUGAUUUACAAAAUAGAUUAUCACAACUACAACAUUUCAAAAACAAACCAGAAGAGAAACAAAAAAGACUCACUAUCCAUGAAUUGGUUCAUAGAAAGAAAACUAUUGCUGCAACUGCUGGUACUUCCACCACAACAACCAAACCAGUAACCAACACCACCAACAAGGACAAGGUAACCAAAACAUUAAAACCAAUUAAACCAAUAAUUAAAAAGGAAAAAGUAAUUGCCAAACCACAACAAUCACAACAACAACAAAUUAAAAAGACAACAACGACAACUAUGGCAACAGUAACCAAAUCCAAAGAAUUCAAAUUAAGUUGUGGUCACGGUCACGGUAAAGUUUGUAGUAAUCCAACUUGCAAUGAUGUACUUGAAAAGUUGAAAAAGGAAAAGAAAUGGAUCUAA